AUGACAUUCCCCAAGAAGAUUUCACCUGCACAUUGGUUGAAGCACUUAAAACUUGCACAACCUAAGAUAAUAACGUUUGAUGCAUAUAAUACCUUAUAUUGCACUACGUUACCUGUUAUGGAGCAGUAUAGUGAUGAGGCUAAGAAAUGUGGAAUUAACGUCACUGCUCAAGUUCUCACCGAAAGUUUCCCAACGAUUUUCAGUAACAUAAAAGAAAAGUAUCCAAAUUAUGGUAAGUCCGAAGGGUUAAAUGCAGAUGAGUGGUGGGGGAUCUUAAUAAGGGACAUUUUUGAACCUCACAAAGUUCCAAAGGAAAUGAUUCAAAAUAUCCUAAAGAGGUUUGAAGGUAAACAGGCAUAUGCGGUGUAUCCAGACGUUUUAGAGCUAUUACAAUUUCUUAAAGAACAGCAUCCUGAAGUAGUUAUUGGGAUUAUUAGCAAUACCGACCCUAAAGUCUAUAGAUUACUGGAGAAUCUAGAUAUUUUAAAAUACUUUGAGAAUUUCACUUACUUUUCCUAUGAUCUUGAACUUUCAAAACCAGAUAUAAAAAUUUUCGAAUAUGUUCUUGAUGAUAUAAUUAAAAAAAGACCAAACCUUUUAGAUGAUAAAGAAUCUUUAUCCUCAUUUAAGAAAAAGUGUUGGCAUGUCGGUGAUGAAUUAAAGAAUGAUUUACAAUGUGCCCAUAAAGCAGGCUGGAGCAAUGUUUUAAUUGAUAGGACUAACAAUCAUGGCUACUUUGAAAAAGAUAAAUUCAUCAGUUCUGACGUUUCUGAACAUGAUCUCUCAAUACAAAAGGUUGAUCAAACGAUGUGUAAAAUAUGGGAGUUGUGCGAACAUCAAGAUAGUGGUUUACAAUUGGACUUCACCAGUUUUAUUCUACCAAACUUGUACACUUUUAGGCAACUUUUUUUUAGAUAG